AUGGAUCGUAUCGACCCGGUCGAGGAUAACGCCUCUAAUGGGAACCCUCAAGGGACCCAACCCACAGGGCAACCCACAGAGUCCGGCCCCGUCAGGCCAGCAGGCCCUGCCCCGUUGCGCACUCAAGGCGACUCACGGGCGCGACGACCGAGUAUUCGCUUGUCUCGCUUCCCAUCUAUCCCUUCACUAGACAACGUUAAUCAACCGUCUCAACCCGGUGGUCAAGGUCAACCAUUCGAACCGCGGCCUAUCCGAUCCCCUCCUCCCAAUGAAGAGGACGAAGCAUGGCUAGCGGGUCGGCGGCGCAGUAAUUCGGAGCCAAAUCCGGGACGAUGGUCAUCUCCCCCUCCUGAUCUCUCACGAGUGGCGACUCCCAUACGAAUGAAGCCUGUGACCGAGGAGUCCUCACACCAAAGUCCGGCACCAACCUCUCCAGCGGCAGUAUUGCCCGGUCGAGACACUCACUCCGACUCUGGGCAACUGGAUCCGGAACAAAUCGAGGCCCCUCCCGCACUAGCGCGACCGGCGGGUCGGCUUCGGCGAACUAGCCAAGCUGCGUUGAAUGCCUUUACUCGAAACCGGGCAAGCACAGUGACAGGAGCUGCACCAACUCUGAGCACACAGGAGGAGCAACGACAGAACGAGUAUGGAUCUCACGUCGUCGAUGUGCUGGAUGUGAUCGAUCCUGAGGUCUCUGCACUUUCCACUCUCACCAAUGUCCAAAACUCUCUCUUCGUGCCGAACCUCGGUGGGUUCAUCAAUCGCAUGCCCACCUAUACGAUUUCACGACCACAAUAUUCUUCAGAUGAGGAACAGGGAACUACAACGGACGAGGGUGAACCCUCCAAGGGGGACAAGGCCAAACAACGGCCGACUCUAGCAAAACUUCAUUCAUUUUCGAGUAUGUCCUCGGUGUUGCGUGGACCCAAGUAUGCCGUUCUCCCAGAAGGGCAAGGGCUUGAAGGAUGGACCAGGGAAGAUUUUGCCGAACUCAACGAUCACGUUCGACAUAUGCUUCACUCUCGACGAUCUAAGUUCAAACGAUCCAUGAAAGGAUUUAGGCAGUACGUCCGGAAGCCUCUCGGUUUUCUUGUAACUCUCUACGCAACUUUGAUCACCCUGUUCGGUUUGGCCUGGGUUCUUUUCUUGAUUGGUUGGAUCAAUGUCGGUGGAAAACAAAAUUAUAUUGUCAAUAUCAUAGAUAACGUUUUGGUUGCCCUGUUCGCCAUCAUGGGUGAUGGACUGGCUCCUUUCCGCGCUGUCGAUACAUAUCACAUGAGUUUCAUUGCCCAUUAUACAUUCUUGUCCUGGAAGCUUCGUCGGAAGCGGGCCCUGCCAGGCCUCAAGGACAAGAACGAUCUGCCGUCGGUGCCGGAGAAGGACGUUGACGUUGAGUUCGGUGACACCGUGAAGGAAGACGAACACGAAUUUUCUGUUCUCGAUGCUCGCCAACAGUUGCGAUUGAUGCAUCACCAGAAUAAAUUUGCAAAGUCGCAUACUUUCUAUAAACCACACGAAACCAUGACCCACCACGCCUUCCCCCUACGCUUACUCAUCGCUAUUGUCGUCAUUCUUGACUGUCACUCUUUGCUCCAAAUGGCUCUUGGUGCCUGUACCUGGAGUAUGGAGGACUACAAUAAGCGCCCAUUCGCUCUGACGACGGUUAUCCUUUGCUGCUCCAUCACCUGUAACAUCGCGGGUGGUGUGAUGAUCAUGAUUGGUGAUCGACGAACCCGAAAGAAGGAUGUUGUCGAGCGGCUCUUCCGCCAAGAGCUGACCGAAGAAGCCAUGAGGAAGAUGGAAAAGAAGAAGGUCAAGGAGGAGCGCCGCAGUGCUCAGAUCGAGCGGUCCAGUGCCCAAAUUGAGCGGCCUAGUGCCCAAAUUGAGCGGUCCAGUGCUCAAAUUGACGGCCCGAAGCCGUAUGGCGGCACCUGA